AUGGAGAUCGGCAUCCCAACAAAGCUCGUGCGCCUGACGGAGAUGACUCUUAGAAACUCUCAGAGCGUUGUCAGAGUUCAAACAAGUGUAUCAGAACCGUUCAGAACCAAUGACGGCUUAAGACAAGGGGAUGCGCUCUCGUGCCUACUGUUCAACAUCGCUCUCGACAAGUGUAUUCGUGACUCAAAGAUCGAGACCAAAGGCACUAUCUACCACAAAUCCGUUCAAAUUCUAGGGUAUGCGUAUGACCUCGAUGUGAUAGGAAGAUCUCUACCUGCAAUGGAGAGUGCAUACCUUGUUCUUGAAAAAUCAGCUGUGGAGGCCGGUCUCCAAAUUAACCCGGCUAAGACUAAGUACCUGAAAGCGUCAAAAGACCGGCAAACCCUACUACAAGGAGUUAAUAUUGGCAAUAACACCUUCGCUAGCGUCAAUCAUUUCGUAUACCUGGGAUCCUUAGUAACCGAUAACAACGAUGUGUCUUCAGAAAUAAGUAGGAGAAUAAUGGCGGCUAACAAGUGCUACUUCGGACUACUAAGAUACUUACGUUCGAAACUCCUUUCAAGAAGCAUAAAACUUCUCUUGUACAAAACCUUACUAAGGCCCAUACUCACCUACGGUUCCGAACGUUGGGUGCUGAGCAAAAAAGACGAAAAUUCAUUGUUGGUAUUUGAGCGGAAAAUACUAAGACGCAUUUUCGGAGCUGUGAUGGAAAAUGAGAGAUGGCGAACGCGUUAUAACCACGAGCUAUACCAAAUGUACGAUGAGCCAAAUAUAAUUAAGACCAUAAAGAUUGGGCGCCUGCGUUGGGCAGGGCACGUGUUGCGAAUGGACGAGGCCAGAGUACCCAAGCGCCUUUUAGAGGGCCGACCGGAGGGCCGCAGAAGUCGAGGCAGGCCCAAGCUCAGAUGGUUGGACGGCGUCGAACAAGACAUCAAGACCUUGGGAAUAAGAAGUUGGAGAAGGAAAGCCUCUAACAGAUCGGACUGGAGAGCUUUGCUGGACCAGGCUAAGGCCCACCCGCGGCUGUAA